UUCAUUUUCGGAACGACUUUUUUAAAAUUAUUUUGACAAGAGUGCGGGGUGUAAACUGAUGAAGUAAGCAUCAUUAUACCGAAAUUUAACUGUAAAACACCAAACUAUACAAUCCCUAUCUGAUCUUGCCGCCAAAUCUUGGACAGAAAAAGAUGACCGUUAGGCUCAGAGCCGCCAGAAAUUCAAUCGACCUUUCCUCAAGAACCCUUGAAAAGUUCAUCAAAACCCAGAGAAAUCUUGCCAGGCCAACUCCAAAACUCUGGUCUGAUACCGAUAAACGAGUGCCCAGCCAUCUAGACCAUGAUGGGGUGCAGAUUUUAGAUCUUAGCCACCCCAUGCUGCGCAUUUUAGACUCUAUCAGUCCUAAUCUCUACCAUUUCAAUCAAAUUUAUACCCAACUCGUUGUCUCGGGCCUCAUUCAACACCCACUUGCUUCCGGCAGAGCAAUUAAAAAACUCUGUUCUUCUCAAUCGACACUUCCUUAUGCCAUUAAAAUAUUUGAUAAUCUUGAAAACCCAGAUGCUUUUUUAUGUAAUACUAUAAUUAGAGGAUAUGUGAGAUUCAAUGACCCAAAAAAGGCAUUGGCCUUUUACUAUAAUGGAAUGGUUAAAAAUUGCAUCUUUCAGAAUAAUUAUACUUUUCCUAUAUUAGUUAAAGCUUGUGCUGAUAUGGGUUUGUUAGAAGAAGGGAUAAAGAUUCAUUGUUGUGUCGUGAAAUGUGGGUUUGAGUUGGAUUUGUUUGUUAGGAAUGCUCUGAUUCAUAUGUAUUCUGUUUGUUUAAAAAUUUGGGAUGCAAGGAAGGUAUUUGAUAUAUGUUCUGAGUCAGAUUUGGUAACAUGGAACACUAUGAUUGAUGGGUAUGUGAAGAAUGGAGAACUGGGUUUUGCAAGGCAGAUUUUCGAUGGGAUGCACGAAAGGGAUGUUUUUAGUUGGAAUUCAAUGAUUACAGGGUAUGUAGGGGUUGGGGAUAUGGUGGCGGCAAAGGAGUUGUUUGAGGAGAUGCCUUCUCGUGAUGGUGUUUCUUGGAAUUGUAUGAUUGAUGGCUAUGCCAGGUCUGGAAAUAAAGAUGGAGCGAGGAUGUUGUUUGAUCAAAUGGAUUGCCGGAAUAUGGUUUCUUGGACUUCUAUGUUGGCUCUUUAUGUGAGGUUGAAGGACUAUUCUGAGUGUUUGAGAUUGUUUGAUGAGAUGAUGGUGGAAGGAGAUGUUCAGCCGAAUGAGGCUAUACUUGUAAGUGUUCUGAUCUCUUGUGGACAUCUGGGAAGGCUUGAUCGAGGUCAAUGGAUUCAUUCUUAUAUAAAAGGUAGUGAACGAAUCAAGCCAGAUGUGUUGCUUAUGACAACUCUCUUGACAAUGUUUGCAAAAUGUGGGGCUAUGGAUUUGGCAAAGUUGAUCUUUGAUGAGAUGCCAGAGAGAAGUGUUGUAUCAUGGAAUUCUAUGAUUAUGGGAUAUGGGAGGCAAGGGCAUGGAGAAAAAGCUCUUGAAAUGUUCAUGGAGAUGGAAAAGUGUGGACUGAUGCCAAAUGAUGCCACUUUUACAUGCAUCCUAAGUGCAUGUAAUCAUACUGGGAUGGUGUUAGAGGGCUGGUGGUACUUCGAUAUAAUGCAUAGAGUUUACAAUAUAGAGCCCAAAAUUGAGCACUAUGGUUGCAUGGUUGAUCUCUUUGGCCGGGCUGGCUUGGUGCAUGAUUGUGAAGAACUUGUCAAGACAAUUCCCGUGCAAGCAGGAACAGCUCUGUGGGGGUCUGUACUUUCAGCGUGCAGGACCUACUCCAGACUAGAACUUGGACAGAUUGUUGCAAAGCGAUUAAUUGAUAUGGAACCAGGGGAUAUUGGGCCAUACGUGUUAUUGUCCAACAUAUAUGCCACAGAAGGGAGAUGGGACGAUGUGGAGAAUGUAAGAAAGUUGAUGAAAGAAAAGGGCACAGAAAAGGAAGCUGGGUCUAGCCUUGUGCACUUGAUGGAUUUACAAUCAGAUAUGUCUCAGAAAACUAGAUCAGCCCACAAGAGAAGCAUGGUUUACUCUAUGUUGAGUGAGAUGGGUGCUCAAUUGAAGUUGUCAUGCAGACAAUAGAACAGGAAGAGGAAUAUAUAUUCUUUGUGGAAGAAAUUAUCAAUAUUGGUUAUUCGGAGACCAAAUUCAUGAAUAGAAGGAUUAAACCAAUACAAAACUCCCUGCUAGAGAAGAUUGAGUUCAGUAAAUUACAUAUUUGAGGCAAAGGGUAAACAUUUGAUGAUUCUUUUUUAAACCAAAGAUUUCGCUCAGCAUAUGCAAAAAAUCAGAACGUGUUCGUGUUAAUAUUGAGUUGCGAUUAUUUGAGACGUAAGCAUGCUAGGCAACACUGAAGAGGUAAAAAGUUGACCUGAAUACCAAUUAUCUACCAGAUAUCCUAGCCCGGCUUCUGAAUUGAAGGUGAUGGUAUGACUUUUCGUGGUUCAUCGCUUGCAUAGACAAUAGGGUGAUUUCCUAAGUUAUGAUUGCCCAACUUCAUCGUGGAAUACUUUUGAUCUCUCAGUUUAUGAAUUAGCAUUGGCAUUCAAGUAUUCAAGGCCAUUGCUGCCCAGUAGAGAGGCUGCUGCAUCUGUGCUCUGUGCCAUCUGACUAAAGGCUCGCUGGCUGAGAAUGAAGUCAGUUCGAUCACUGAUUCCAUGGUCAGUUAUGACUACAGUUACUCCUUUAUCCAGGCAAUAAUAACUAAUUUGGGUAAUAACCUGCCCGAGAAUGGAUAAAACAAUCAGGACAGGUCUCAGACUUUCCAAGACUCUGCAUGAAAAGGAAACAUGCAACAGAGAUCAAGAGCCAUCUCAGGGGUGCCAUUUUAGGAGUAAGUUGCAAAUGCAGGGUAGAGGGAUGCAAAUGAAACAAGAAGUUGGUUGCAGAGGAAGUGGAUGAUGAGUUCUGCUGUAUUUAUAGAGCUAAACAAGCAAAUUGCCUCCUGUUCGGUAAAAUCUAUGACUUUGACGUUCUGUUCAAGUUCGAUUUGAAUUAAUGAAUUCUGUCAAGUUGGUACCCAGCAACUUUCUUAGACCACUUUCUGACCUUCCAUAGUUUAUAAUUUUUCAAGGCUGCAGUCUGGAAUCUGCAAAGACUCA